AUGGGUGCGCUUCUCCCGGAAUCCAGAAAGAGCCAACCACUUGUCGCCGGCUUCAAGGCUCAUGUUGCCUUGCCUUGCCUUACCCUGCAGCUCUGGCUGUGGUUCUGGUUCUGGUUCUGGCUCUGGCGAGAGGAUCCAACCCCCCUGAACACACUCGGCUCGGUAUCCAGUGAGCUUGCGUCGUCGCCAUCCUUCUCCUCCGAUCUUUUUGGAUGCUCUGCUGCACCCAUUCUGCCUGUGUCUGCACCUGCACCUGCCGCUGCUGACGCCACCUGGAGACCAGUUGCUUUUACCCUGAGUUCUGCCCGUGGGCAUCCAUCCAGCCAGCCCCUCGCAUAG